CGGCAUGAAGGUCUGGGGUGUUGCUGCCCCCUCCCGCUCGCUCCAACGCCAUGGAAUACCUGCGGAGCUUGAGCCGGCUCCUGCCCAGCGCUGUGGGGCUGCCCCGGCGCACGCUGUGUACUCUGGUCCAGGGCCUGACCCCUGGGGCGCGUUCCGUUGCCGCCUGCAGCCGCGCGGCCCAACUUCUCGGGCAGAGCCGGGCCGCGCCGCUGUGCAAGCCCCGCCGGCCCCGCGUGGCAGGUGAAACGCACCGGUUUAGAACUUCUGAUGUCUCUCAAGCCACUUUAGCCAGUGUAGCGCCAGUGUUUACUGUGACAAAAUUUGACAAAGAGGGAAAUGUUACUUCUUUUGAAAAGAAGAAAACUGACUUAUAUCAAGAAUUAGGUCUUCAAGCCAGAGAUUUGAGGUUUCAGCAUGUGAUGAGCAUCACAACCAGAAACAAUAGGAUUAUCAUGAGAAUGGAGUAUUUGAAAGCUGUGAUAACUCCAGAGUGUCUUCUGAUACUAGAUUAUCGUAAUUUAAAUUUAGAACGAUGGCUGUUCCGGGAACUCCCUUCACAGUUGGCUGGAGAAGGACAGCUUGUCACCUACCCUUUACCUUUUGAGUUUAGGGCUAUAGAAGCACUCCUACAGUAUUGGAUCAGCACUCUUCAGGGGAAACUUAGCAUUUUGCAGCCACUGAUCCUUGAGACAUUGGAAGCUUUGGUGGAUCCCAAACAUUCUUCUGUAGACAGAAGCAAACUGCACAUCUUACUGCAAAAUGGCAAAAGUCUGUCAGAGUUAGAAACAGAUAUUAAAAUUUUCAAAGAAUCCAUUUUGGAGAUCUUGGAUGAAGAAGAGUUACUGGAAGAGCUGUGUCUGACAAAGUGGAGUGACCCGCAAGUCUUUGAAAAGAGCAGUGCUGGAAUCGACCAUGCAGAAGAGAUGGAGCUGCUCUUGGAAAACUACUACCGAUUAGCUGAGGAUCUUUCCAAUGCAACCCGGGAACUCAGGAUACUGAUUGAUGAUUCACAAAGUAUCAUAUUCAUCAAUCUGGACAGCCACCGUAAUGUGAUGAUGAGGUUGAACCUACAGUUGACCAUGGGAACCUUCUCUCUUUCUCUCUUUGGACUAAUGGGAGUUGCUUUUGGAAUGAAUUUGGAAUCUUCCCUUGAAGAGGACCACAGAGUGUUUUGGCUGAUUACAGGAAUUAUGUUUAUGGGAAGUGGACUCAUCUGGAGGCGUUUGCUGUCAUUCCUGGGACGACAACUAGAAGCUCCUUUGCCUCCCGUGAUGGCCUCUUUACCCAAGAAGUCCCUUCAAGCGGACAGGAGGCUGGAAAUGAAGCACGGCUUCCGGCCCGACGGUCUUGGACCGGGCAGGAGCGUCCUGACAAACCGUUAG